AUGGCCUUCCGUGCACCAGCUCAGGCUCCCCGCCGUAGAACCUCGUACUCGGCCCCGCAAAGACCUCCCUCGAUUGAAAUACCUGAAUCCUCCACCGAGCAGCGCGAAGAAGAUACCGCACAAUGGGUCCUGUUCUCUCCGGCCGCCCCAACCCACACGACCUCCACAGACCGCACCGCAGGAGCCUCACGACUGAGCGACUUUGGUUCAUUUGGCAUCGCGACCCGCUCCGCUGCUGGCCCAGGGGACGAACUGGAAGACGAGGAAGCCCUAGAUGACCAGUUCGAUGAAGAUGGUACCGAGUUGGAUAGCCUGGAUGAUGGUCUCCAUGCUUUCCGCGCCCCAUCAUUCUCCCCUGUAUCCCCUGCCAGGGCGGACCAAGGGCCACCGGCGAUGCUGCCAGCACAUGAUGGAUUAGGUAGCUUUCAAGCUUCCAGCCAGCAGGUUCAAGACCAGCUCUGGCAGCAUGAGCAAUACAACCCCCAACGGCGUCCGUAUGGCUACUCCCAACAUCGCCGUCAUUCAAGUGUCCAACGACACUUGGACACGGUCGAUGAGGGUGAGACGAACGUCGAAAAGGACCGAUGGCAGCGAAUCGAGCAAUGGAGGAUGGACCAAAGCCGGGCGUUGAUGCAGGAAAUCGAACGCGAGACCCAGAGGAGAAGAUCCAGUCGUGGAAGCCAGUCAAACGUUCCCCGCUCUAUAGAUUAUAUUUCCCCGGUUAAUAUCGCAGAUUCUUCUCUGGAGGAGGAAGCUGCGCCGGAAGGCGAGUUGGAGAUUGACGAGUCGUUCUGGCAACGCAUCACGCGGAAAGUCAUUCGCGAUCUGAUCGGUAUCGACGAGAACUUGCUGUCCAUUAUCUUUGGCGAGUCUCUGCCGCUGGACGCAGAACCUCACGAGGAGAACUCCGAAGAUCUAAACAUGGAGACUGUGCUGGCGCGGGAACCAGAGCCGGAACAAGGAGAGUCGCCUCUGUGGCAGUCUCGCGUCCUUCAACGAAUCGCCCACGAAUUGGGUAUUCUGGUCCAUCAGCUCUGCGAGCACCCAGGUGCAUUCUCUACCUAUUACCAGAUGACCAAGGACGUCUCGAGCGAGUAUGCAGGCAUGCCGCUCAAUCGGCUGGCAGAGAGCAAUAUCCUGCAGAAAUCCGAGUCUACCGCUCAAACCUCCGCAAAUACAACAGCAGACUCCAUGCCAUCCCCGCACUUCAUGCCUACACUUCGUGACACGAAUCGUGAACAUGAAGCACAGUGGGGCAUUGAAGAAGACGACUUACCCGGCCCCGACCCAGUCUCCGAGUCUACUCGCGCCCAACAAGAACAAGAAUACUGGGAACACGGCCUAGAUGUCAUGAUGGUCUUCCGCUACCUGCGCACGCGCUUCAGUCGCCGUGGGUACAUGUCCAACGACAAACUCACUUCAAACCCUUCGCCACGCCAUACUCAAGACCCCUCCCGUCGAGCCGCUAUCAUCCGUCAACACCACCCCCUCGUCGCCCGCGCACACUCCCGCUCUCAAACACAGUCUCGCCGCGCGUCACACAUAUCCGGUCCUGUCGGCGUCUCGUCACCUCUUGUUCGGCCCUAUCUCCGCCGCCCCGGCUCCAGCUGCGCGAGCCAGAGCAAGCUAUCAGCUGUCUCGAGCCAUCGUACGCUGACGGGAUCUAGUAGGAACUACUGGGAUAUUGGUGGCAGUGUGGAGAGCAAUAGUGCCAUUGGUGUCGGUGUCGGAGCUGGCCUCGGCGUUUGGGGUGAAGUUUGA